UCCGCUCGGCUCUCGGCUUUGAAACUCGAUUCGAAAAAUGAAAUUCUUGUAUCAAAAGAAACACCAGCCGCUCGACCCAAUUAAACAAGCUCUUCGAAAAAUUGCACGUGUUCUUGGCAAGGCCUUCUGUUACCUGGGCACCCCACCUCUGUGCCCGCUCCACCAGGCGAGUGCCCUGACCCAGUUCCACUGCCACUACCUGGGCGUCUGUCCCAUCUGCAGCCUGUGCUCCUUUCCCGGGAUCGCAACGUCAUCAUGCUGGAGUCCGUGUUCUUCGUGCUGCGGCAGUUCUACAGCUUCGUCUGUCCCAUGCAGAUCUUCUACGAAAUCGAGGAGACCGAGCAGCAGGGGCAACGUGAGGAGUGGGAUAUCUGGUCGGAGCUCUGAGAUUCGGCGGCAUGACUACGAAAGCAAUUGAUUAAUGGCGGGCGGGGCGGAAGCUGUUGGCAAUAAAGAGAUCUCUACCAUUUUCCCCUGA